UCCUCCGGUCAUCCUUGCCAUCCUGGCCAUGUGGGCGGCGGGGUCAAGUCCGCCGAGAGGGGACCUCUUCAGGGUUCGAUUCAUCGGUUGAAGAGGUGUCCCUUUGUGCGGAGGGAGAUGGCGGAGCACCCGGCUUAUUGCGGAGAGGCCGGCCGGCUUUUGCGGCCUACAGAAGAACGUAAUGAGCGGGAAUAGGGAAGGCAGGGCUCAUUCGCUGGUGUGGGCACUGGUACCCUGUGGUCUGACUUGCCUCUGACUGUGGAGGUCCAGUGUGUCGAGGUGACCUGUGAAAAUGGUUCGAUACUCUCUUGACCCAGAAAACCCCACAAAAUCAUGCAAAUCAAGAGGCUCAAAUCUUCGUGUUCACUUUAAGAAUACCCGUGAAACUGCCCAGGCCAUCAAGGGUAUGCAUAUCCGGAAGGCCACCAAGUAUCUGAAGGAUGUCACAUUGAAGAAACAAUGUGUGCCAUUCAGGCGUUACAAUGGUGGAGUUGGUAGGUGUGCCCAGGCCAAACAGUGGGGCUGGACACAGGGCCGGUGGCCCAAAAAGAGUGCUGAAUUUUUGCUGCACAUGCUUAAAAAUGCAGAGAGUAAUGCUGAGCUUAAGGGUUUAGAUGUCGAUUCUCUGGUCAUUGAACAUAUCCAGGUGAACAAAGCACCCAAGAUGCGCCGCCGUACUUACAGAGCUCAUGGCCGGAUUAACCCAUACAUGAGCUCCCCCUGCCAUAUUGAGAUGAUCCUUACUGAAAAAGAACAAAUUGUUCCUAAACCAGAGGAGGAAGUUGCACAGAAGAAAAAGAUAUCCCAGAAGAAACUGAAGAAACAAAAACUCAUGGCACGGGAAUAAAUUAGGCAUAAAAUAAAUG